AUGAAGACUGAAAGGCAAAGAUGUGCCUCCAUCCUUCAAGCACUUCUUCAGCAGCGCAGUGGCCCUCAGCUGCAUCAACCUUUCAGGGACCAGACUCCCCCUCCUGAGGCCUUGAAAGCUCUUCUGCUCGGUCUGGCCAGUAACCCCAACAUCAAGGAAGUGUCUUUAGACCUCAGCUGCUGUGAGCUUGGUCACUGUCUCAGGUCCGGGGGGUCACAGAUCCUGGAGGGAUGCAUCGCUGAGCUCCCCAACAUCUCCAGUCUGGACAUCUCUGACAACGGUCUGGACUCUGACCUGUCCACUCUGCUGGUGUGGCUGGCCAAGAACCGAUCCAUCCGACACCUCUCACUGGGGAAGAACUUCAACAACAUCAAGUCCAAGUACGACUGGGGGGGCUAG